UAAACGUCGACCACCUUAUAAUAGUUGGAAUAAUUUAUUGUUCAUUAAUGAUGAUAAAAGAUUUAUCACUCUUCCUAAAAGUUUAGAUUUAAUUCCUAAAGAACCUAUAAUAAUGGUUAGAAAUAUAUUAUCAAAAGAAGAUCUCACCAAAGUUUCAAUUCUCCUCUUAAUUUCUCCAGUAAAAGUUUGUAAUUCACCACCACUUGAUGAACCAUCAAUAGCUGUAGUAACAAGUUCUUAUUUCUAUGAUAAUAUUAAUGAAUGUACUCCUUCGAUCUUAGAUAUAGCUUACAUAACAUCAGAAAACAAACGAUUGUAUGCUAAAAAACAUGGUUAUGCAUUUAUUCCAAGAUCCUUGGAAUUUCAAUCACAAAAUUCGGUAAAUAUUUGGGGAAAGAUUGAUGCCGUAAAAAAAGCUUUACCUUACUAUGAUUGGAUAUUAUGGAUUGAUAAUGAUGCAAUUAUAACAAAUCAAGAAGUUUCUAUUCAGGAACUGUUUAACCGAUUUUAUCGAUUUAUUAUAAAAGGAAAUAAUAAAAUAGUUCGUAAUAAGAAACUUGAUAAGAGAGAUCACUCUCUUGAAGAUAGAGAAGAUA